GAGUAAAUAAUAAGUAAACACGACGUCUGCGCAUGUGCGGUGAGUGACGAGAGAACACAACAAUGGCGGCCAACAGAGAAGAAAUACUGGCAGAUUUUCAGGCCUGUACUGGAAUUGAGAAUUUUGAGGAGUCUUUGGCCCAUUUGGAGCAGAAUGAAUGGGAUUUACAGCGAGCGGUGGUGUCCGUCAUGGGGGCACAGGAGGGUGUAACGGUCCCUGACUCGGCCCCUGAGGAGGCACCCCUACCACCCACCUUGCCGGGAGUUGUACAGUUCAGUGGAUCCGCACCGUGUGCGUCCGUCCCCAGAGCGUUUGAGUCUCACCGAUCCCACAGUCCUCCGCCAAACAGAGUCCGCAUGCUGGAGUUUGAUAUAUCCUACAACGACACAAACACAGAGCUGGUCGUGGAAGACAGCAGAACAGUUCGUACGGUCAAGGAGCUGUUGUCAGCUCAGCUCAAUGUCCCACCAGAGAAGUUGCUUGUAGGAGGAUGGGCGCAUGCCAGACCAGCACCCGAUGACUCGGAUGUGUUGUCGACGCUACAUUUACCUCUCAAGAACAGACUGUACGUUCUCACGCCCGGCUUACCCACGACCAGUGCCGAGCAGCCCAAUGGAGAAGAGACGAGUUACACAGACAAGUUGACGCGGUCUUUCGAGCUCAUUAUCAACGACACCGACAUGAACCAGGAGUACAGACUACGCUACGAGGGUUGUAAGACCAUCCUUAGCGUCAAGCAGGGUAUGAACGCGCUAACCAACGUCGAGGUCCGACACCAACGAUGGAUAGGGUGGCCCGACGAGAGCGAUGAUUCGCUAACAUUAGCAGCCUCAGGAAUAGACUUUCCCAGUCACAAGUUCACUUUUUCUAGGGUACCGAACCACAACAAAACAGACCAGCCCUCUGCGUCGCGCGACCCCAUCAACAUCAGCGACAGCGAGGAUGAGGUGGCGGACAUGGACAUUGACGAUUGCACGAUCUUCAGUAACGAGAGCCAGACGAGAAAGUUUGAACCGUUAUUACCAGCCGAUAUAGAAAACGAAACAGACGGCCUCAUUCAGUUCUGUCAUGAGUUCAGCUCCCGAUACGGGGAGACCCACCCUCAAUUUUACAUGGGUCCUUUAGAGGAUGCUGUGAAGGAAGCAUUCGGUGGCUUGGCAGUUGAGAGGAAACUACUAGCGAUCUACAUCCACAGCGACAAGAGUGUCCAAAGCAACGUCUUCUGCAGCCAGCUGCUGUGUUCGGAGAGCAUCGUCAAUUUCCUGACGCAGAACUUUGUCACGUGGGCGUGGGACGUCACGGCGGAAGAAAACAAAGAAAGACUUCUAAGCACUUGUACAAAGAUGUUUGGCAGCGUCACCACGGCGACGGUCCGCAACGUAAAUCAAGAUAAAUUCCCCUUGCUGUUGAUAGUCAUGAGAAUACGGUCAAACACUGAGGUCUUCUCCAUACUACAAGGCAAUACAAGUUUGGAUGAGAUGAUGACGAGUUUGAUCCACGCUGUUGACAUGUUCACAGAGCAACAGAAAUCCGAGAUUGAACAAGAGAAUGACCGGAGGGAGGCUGAGCAGCUGAAGCAAGAGCAGGAUGCAGCGUACCAGGCAUCGCUGAUGGCUGAUAGAGCAAAGGAACAAGAGAGGCUAAAACAGGAACGAGAGGAACAGAGACAACGGGAACAAGAAGAGCUAGAAAUCAGAGAAAGAGAAGCCGAACAAAAGGCAUUGCUACAAUCUCUGGAGCAACAACUCCCGGACGAGCCCAGCGAGAGUUGCCUCGAGCCCACCACGACGCUAAGAAUGCGCGUCCCUGGCGGGGACGUGCUGACGAGACGAUUCCUGGCCGAGCAGCCGAUCAGGAUGGUCAUGGUUUACUUGGGUACCAAGGGCUACCACGCCGAAGACUUCAAAGUGCUGACCACCUUCCCAAAGAAAGACUUGACAUCUCUAGACCCUUCGCAAUCCUUCAAGCAACUUGGUCUCUGUCCGCAACAAACUCUGUUUAUAGAGGAACGCUAGCAGCAAAUGCCAUCUGCACCCAUCGCAUGUGCUCGCCCUGAAACAAGCUACCCUAAAUUACCUCAACCAAUCAACGCCCGCCCAUAAAAACUAAGUAGGAACCUGUCUAAGUCCAUACUGUUGGUUUAUCCACCCAGGAGAGGCAGGGUACCAGACAUGCAUAAUUGUCCAAUCAGAAUUCAGCCUGGCAUGUAAAAGGUAUUACUUUUGGCCUUAAGUUACAAAUAUGUAGAAGAAUUUUUGUGUCCGCUCUUAGAAGUUAGUAAUUUUGUUUCUGGACAAAAUGCUACUUUGAGUUCUUCACUCUGCACAGAUUCAAAUGGUGCAUGUACUUACUGCAAACCACUCUAAUGAAACUCUCACAGAUUUUAAUUGGCGCGCUCUGCGUGCAACUUUUGACCAGCGCGCAGCAUCAGUUUCAGCUGGCAGUUUCGAAUAUUCUGUAAAAAACACAGUUUCGACUAAAUCUUUGGAAAUGGACAGCCCUACGAGAGAUUAUAUGUCUUGAUUAAAAGGCUUGAGAUAGAACCAUACUAUGUAUGACCAAUGGGAGUGCACUUCUGUGCCAUGAAUAUGCAUGAUCAUGAAUAUGUAUGAGCUGAAGUGCCAACUGAUUCUAAUCUCACUUGCACCCCAGCCUGCAAAACCAUACCAUGUUUAACCAAUGGGAACUCAUUGCUACCUCAUGAAUAUGUAUUGUUGAAUAUUCAUGAGCUGAGAGUACAAUCUAAUACCUCACCUAUAUCCCAACGCAAAUAUACAUUUUUAAAACCUUUCUGGAAACUGAAGUACCAAAAUUAACGUUUUGAACCCAUUUUACACUUUUUUUUAUUUGUUAAGAGGGGAUGUAGUUUAAUGUAUUUUAAUGUUCAGAAACAAAAUUCCAAGAAAAAAUGGUUUAUAAAUAUGUUGCAGUAACUUAUUGUUCCCGUAAUAUAGGCAAUCUGAUAAACUCUUAAAAUUUGAGUUUAACUGUUACAUCAUUCAAGCAUUCAGAACGAUUUAAAAAGAACUCAAAUCGAAACCGAGUUGUUUUGUCACGAUAAAUGUAUCAAGUUUUAGAAAAAGAACGGGCAUUCAGUUAUUUUG